UCAGCUGCUGCGAACUUUGGACUUCUUCUUGUAACUUUGUUCUGGUCGCUCCCCCUCCGGUCAGUAACAUUGUAUCUUACCGGGUGUGAACAUGUUAGCAACAUGUUAGCAGUGAGUAAUUCACCCACGCAUCUCUGUAAAUGUGAAAUGUGUUGAGAGGUGAAGUUGCCGGACAUGUUUAAGGUGUUUUAUUUGAGGCACGUGCACGUUCGGGACUGCAGUGAAGUAGGUGUGAAUGACAUGAGGCGCGGGCUCAGAGGGACCGAGGUGGACCCGUGAGUCUGGGAUGGAGCUCCUCCAGCAGGUUCCAGGUGCAGAGCUGAACACUGUCCUGUCAGCUCUGCCCUAAACGUUCAGUGACUCCACAGCUCGGCACGAGGCGGCUGCGUCCGGUACAAACUUACAGUCGAACUCCAUCACCAGGUGGGACCGAAGCACCGGCUCUUUCCCCUGAAAAAUAAAAUAAAUAGAACAUGGCCUCCACCUCACGAGACAUCUGGAUGCUCUGGAGACGGACCCUGCUCGCGCUGUGGCUGUGCGCCGUGUGCGCGCGAGGAGCGGAGCACGAGAGCGGCUUUAACGCGGAGUCAUGGCUGAGGACGUAUGGUUACUUGCCCCAAGCCAGCCGACAGAUGUCGACCAUGCGAUCAGCUCAGAUUCUGUCCAGUGCCAUCAGUGACAUGCAGCGAUUCUACAGUCUGGAGGUCACGGGUCAGAUGGAUGCUCAGACCAUCAGCGCCAUGAAGAGACCUCGCUGCGGCGUGCCUGACAAGUUUGGAGGGCAGAUCAAAACCAACGUGCGGCGCAAGCGCUAUGCACUCACUGGACAUAAAUGGAACAAAAACCAUCUCACUUACAGCAUUCAGAACUACACCCCUAAAAUUGGAGAGUAUAACUCAUAUGAGGCCAUCCGGCGGGCCUUUAAAGUCUGGGAGAGUGUCACCCCACUGACCUUUGAUGAAAUCUCCUACCAGGAAAUCAAAUAUGGACGUCGCAAGGAGCCCGACAUCAUGAUCUUUUUUGCUUCGGGUUUUCAUGGGGACAGCUCUCCGUUUGAUGGGGAGGGGGGCUUCCUAGCUCACGCCUACUUCCCUGGACCUGGAAUGGGUGGGGACACGCAUUUUGACUCUGAAGAACCGUGGACCAUAGGGAACCACAAUGUCCAAGGUAAUGAUCUCUUCUUGGUGGCGGUCCACGAGCUGGGACAUGCCUUGGGUUUGGAGCACUCCAGCAACCCCCUGGCCAUCAUGGCCCCCUUCUAUCAAUGGAUGGAGACUGAGAACUUCCAGCUACCUGAUGAUGACCGGCAAGGCAUACAACAAAUCUAUGGGCAAGGUGACAGUGGCCCCACCCACACUCUGCCUACAGUGACCCCCCGCCGCCCAGAACCCAAACCACCUCAGCCACCUCCUCGACACCCUGACCGACCCAGGACCACUGACAAACCAGACCACUAUGGACCCAAUAUAUGUGAAGGCAACUUUGACGCUGUUGCUAUGCUGCGAGGAGAGAUGUUUGUUUUCAAGGGUCGUUGGUUCUGGAGGGUGCGCAGGAACAGGGUUCUUGAUAACUACCCCAUGCCCAUUGGUCACUUUUGGAGGGGUCUGCCUGGAGACAUAGAUGCUGCUUAUGAAAGACAUGACGGCAGGUUCGUCUUCUUCAAAGGAAACAGAUUUUGGCUUUUCAGAGAGGCUAACCUUGAACCAGGCUAUCCACUUGAGCUGGUUGACUUUGGUCGAGAUAUUCCAUAUGACCGGAUAGACACGGCAAUCUGGUGGGAGCCAACAGGCUUCACUUACCUCUUUCAAGGAGACCAGUAUUGGCGCUUCAAUGAGCAAUCACGUUUGGCUGACAGAGGCUAUCCAAAGUCAGUAAGAGUUUGGGAUUCCUCAGUGCCUCAUACUCCCAAGGGUGCCUUCCUCAGCGAUGAUGGAGCUUACACAUUCUUCUAUAAGGGUUCCAAGUACUGGAAGUUUGACAACCAUCGUAUGAAGAGUGAACCAGGCUACCCCAAGUCCAUCCUGAGAGACUUCAUGGGCUGCAGUGUGGACCUAGAUCCUGACCGUGACACAGACUCCGGGCGCAGAUACCCUGAUGUAAACCGUCCCCCUUUCAACCCGGACGCAGGACGUGACGGUGACAAGGGCAAAGAUCAGGAUAGAACAGACGGUGGAGACACAGAUGGAGACACAGGCAAAGGCUCAGACAAGGACAAAGAAGAAGACUACCGUGAGGGUCAGGAAGAAGACACCAAUGAGGUGGAUGUGGUGCUGAAGGUAGAUGACAGCAAGGAGCGAACCAUGAAUAUUCUGAUGGUGACCAUCCCUUUGGUCCUGGUGCUGUGCAUCUUGGGACUGAUUUACGCCAUCAUUAACACACUGCAGAGCAAAGGGGCGCCACGAUUGCUGGUGCACUGCAAGCGCUCACUGCAAGACUGGGUCUGACCCUGGCCACAAGGAGGCACUGAACGUGAACCAGACUUUAAAUACGUCCCCUCACCUAACCUGUCUGUCUCAAAUGCUCAGUGGCUCCUGCAGCUCUUGGAUCCAUUCUGUACGCAUACACAGGCACUCACAAACUAUGAACAAACAUAAGCAACGUCUUAUAUUUACACACACUGACGUACACACCACCUCUCCUUUCUCCUGUUUCCCAUGGUGCUCUACUACGCAGUGACUGUAGUCUAUUUAUACUAGAGUACUUUGCACAUUGUUUUUAUUUGAUGUUUUUUUUCGGGGUGGGAGGGUACAUUCUGUGUGUGAGUUUUUUAUUGUUAUUUGUAAAUCAGGAAGGCCAUUGGAUUCUCUCUCUUCUUUGUACUGCCACUGCCUUCCCCUAAC